UACCGACUGCGCAUCGACGACGACGGUACCCGAGACAACAAUUACAGCAGCAACAGCAGCAGCAGCAACAACAACAGCAGCCGCCACCACCACCACCACAAGUACCAUCUACUCAGGAGGGAACAUCGACCUCCUCAUCACAACAACCUGCACCACGACAGCCUCCUAAAUCCAAUCUCACAGCCAUGAUCGCUGAGCGUGCGUCGGCAGCCGACAAUCCGUUCAACGAGUUUUCCUUUGUUUCUGGACGAGGCGAAGCGAAACCGAUCACGCUAUGUGUAUACUUACCGCAUUGGACACAUCCUUACAAGCCGAUUAAUUUGGUGGUGCGUCCUGAUGCAAUUGUGGAUGACGUGAUUGGAUAUAUCUUGUACGAUUAUGUGGAAAAGAAACGGAAACCUUCUUUGCAAGAGGAGAUGUACGACAUUGCGCAGUGGGUGUUACGGAUAGCAGAGGAUGACGGUGAAAUUGAAGAAGAUCUACCAGCAUUGGAUCGAACACGACAAAUCAGCAUGGUAUCAUUCGAUCAGUUUGCUUUGUGUCGUACGGCACCUGAACAAGUCAAACAAAAUGAAAUGAUACGUGCCAAGCUGGGAAAAACUGGGCCGGAUCUCAGCAAGACCAAAAAAGCAAAUACACAAGAUGCACAACUUGCCGUUGCACCUUCGCCAUCUGCAGGUGGAUCCUCAUCAGCGAACACGUCGACGACAGCUGUAGAUUUAGGUCCACUGGAUCCAGUCACUGUUGGGCCUACGUAUGCUUCACAACAAGAAGCCGACUCGUCUGCCGUCGCUGUGCCUAUUCCUUCCUCCAAAGCCAUGCUGACGAAGUCCACUAUGCAUAUGACACCCGUCAAAUACUUUCGUAUUCAGUUGAUGACCAAUGAAGAAGUGUCGGCAACAACAACAAUACCAGCCUAUGCCGAGAUGUUUAUUGGCGAUGUGCUUGAAUUAGUGUCGCGGAAGCGUAAGCUCGAUCCAGAUGAGCAUAUGUUAACAAUUGCGGAUAGCAAUGUGAUUGUACCAAACGAUACAACAGUGGAUAGUAUGAGAAACGUUACCGAAUUGUGUUUGAUGCGGAAAGGUGCAGGUCUCACCGUUUCUAGCUCAACGCACAUCUGGCGCUCACCGAAUCGCAAAAAGAAGGAUGAAUUGUAUUACCCAGCCAUGUACAACGCAAGCUCAUCGACCAGUGGCAACAAUGGCAUUCUUUCGCAAUACAAAAAAUAUUUUGUGAAUCGCAAGAUGCCAAUGUUUGUUGGUCGACGAGAAAGUGUGAUUGCAAUCGAUGGCGACUAUAUUCAUAUUAUGCCGCCCGAGCACAAAGGAAUGUUUGACUCUGUAAAAACGGUAAGCUUUUGCGAGAGCUAAACCAGAAAAGGGUGGGGGUCAAAUUUACAAUGAUUUUCUAUCAAUUAUGGUCAUCAACAACUGCAUAUUAGACAUCCUUCCAUGUCAGUGAUGUUGUAUCGUGUAAACAAAGCAAGAAAGCACCUUCCAACUUCAAGAUCACUGUGCUCAAAGAUCAGAGUCACAAGGCGUAUGAUUUCGAAGCAAUGAAUGCUAAAGAAGCUCGUAAGUGUGUAAAGCGUGUGUGAAAGCUAGUCAAGAAAAGGGAGGUCCAGAUCUAUUUAUUGACAAUUGCUCACAUAAUCUCUCCUACAGAGGAGAUCUGUGCAAGAAUCAAC